CAUCAAAUACUUGGUUUCAUUUCAUUCUGGUGACGCCUACUGUAUAUGAAACAAAACAAUUGAGAAUCAAUAUAUUCAUGCAGCACGUGAUCGAGGAAGUAAUGGAAUUUCGCCCCUUGUUAAAAUUCUGUUCAAUGAUUCGUUGCAGUAUAUUUUCCUUCACUUUUUUUCUUCGUUGCUUUUGUUUCUCGAGCCUUGUCAAGUGUCAGUAAAGUCUCUUCUUUCCAAAAUAAACACGGGAGGCUGCCUCGUCUUUAUGUGGGGGAGUCCUUCGCUGCAACAGUAUCUCUCACAACCCCUCGCACUCCCCAAUUAGAGACCUCCUAUUUGACACUGAGGGCAGGUCUCUUAAAAAAAAAAAAAAAAACCCUACCCAGCCUUUAAGAGACAUUAGGAAAAUGGAUCAGGGAUUUAAAACUGCUUCCUGCGGAGGGAUGCCUUGUACAUUGUAAAGGACUUCACAGGAGACCUGCAAGUCUUUCCUUGGGAAAGCAGUGCAGCUGGCAAGCAGGAGCUACGCGCAAGGAGAUUUCUUACAUGAUUUUCAGGAUCGUGCUCGUUUCUCGUGCUCAAGAAUAAGGACCCUGGACCCGAGGAUGGCUUUGAGCUCCCGGGCUCACGCUUUCUCAGUGGAAGCCUUGGUCGGGAAACCAUCAAAGAGGAAAAUUGAGGAUUGUAAAGAGGGAAAACGUACUAACGAUGCUUUGGAGCAGGAAGACGAAAAUGUGCUAUCCGCAACGAUUGAAGCAGACGAACUUGGAAAACGAAGUAAACUGGACUCUUUAAUUCGGAAAUCCCCUGGGGUUGAAAAGUCUGGUUCUGAGAACGAUAUUCAAGUGGGAUUACAGGGCUCGGACCUGUGGAAGAGAUUUCAUGAGAUUGGGACAGAGAUGAUCAUUACGAAAGCCGGGAGGAGGAUGUUCCCUUCUGUACGAGUGAAGGCAAAGGAACUGGAUCCCUUUAAACAGUAUUAUAUAGCAAUGGACAUAGUCCCUGUGGAUUCCAAAAGAUACAGGUACGUGUACCAUAGUUCGCAGUGGAUGGUAGCAGGCAACACCGACCACUCGUGUAUAACGCCCAGGCUGUAUAUCCACCCAGACUCGCCGUGCUCUGGGGAGACGUGGAUGAGGCAGGUCAUCAGCUUCGACCGGGUCAAACUCACCAACAACGAGAUGGACGACAAGGGGCAUAUCAUUCUGCAGUCGAUGCACAAGUAUACGCCGCGGGUCCACGUGAUCCUUCACGAUCCCAGGUUUGACUUGUCGCAGAUUCAGUCUCUGCCAGCUGAAGGCGUGACGACAUUCUCCUUCAGAGAGACAGAAUUCACCACCGUCACAGCCUACCAAAACCAACAGAUCACUAAACUAAAAAUAGACAGGAAUCCCUUUGCCAAGGGUUUCAGAGAUCCUGGAAGAAACAGGGGUGUGCUUGAUGGCAUCCUGGACACCUAUCCCUGGAGGACCCCUUUGAGCUUUGACUUCAAGCCUUUUGGUUUGGAGACCCAAGUAGGAAGCUCAAGUUCCCACUCCAGCUGUGGGACCCUUUCCCCUCUGAAUGGGCAGCUCUCUCCCUCCUGCUCCCCUCCAUCUUUCCUGCUGUCCCGCAGCUCUUUCGGGCUGCCCUGCUCAGACAGCCUGGGUCUGCCCCUCUGCUACAAGAUGUGCUCCCCCAUGAGCAUGAUAAGGACCCGGCCUUUCAGCCUGCCGGGCCACGACAGGCUACAGGGCAGCGGCUCCCCAGGGCUGCCAGCACUGACCGACUUCCCCUUCCUGUCUUCACUGGGCAUCUCAGCACUGCGGAGCGGGAAGGGAGGGGACUGCAGGGGGCAUUGUCUCCAGGGCCCUCCAGGCUCUCCACACCAGCCUCAUCUACACAGGGUGCACAUGUCAGGCAACGUGGGCCUCCCUCCCUCGCCUCUCCAGCACAUCCCUGCUCCCCUGCCCUCUCCCUACAAUCUCUAUGGUUACAACCUGCCAGUGACAUCAAGGCUAGCCAGACAUUUUAAACUUGCUGAAAACAGCCUCGCUUCUUCUUCCAGAGAUGAUCGAUUUGCUCAGGCGCCUUAGCACUCCACAGUCAACCAUUGCCUUUGAGAGGUAUUCUGGAAACUACAGGAAUUUCAAUAUUUAUACUGUGCAAAUAAACCGACAACCUCAACAUUAUUCUUCGAUUUUACAUACCUGCCUGCUCGGUCCUACUUGGUGCCUCUUAACUUCACUCUUCCUUACUUAGCCAUACACACAGACAAUACUUGUAGCAGUAGGUGGUUAAAAAACACAUUAAGAGCACAUUUUGGUGUGGUGUAUAUUAAACAAUGCUUUCUUAUUUACAUUUGCUCUAUGUGUUAUUUCUCCCUGGUGUUUUGUAUACAUCCACGAGGAGGGUUACAGGAAGAAUGCAUUAGUUAUGAUAAACAGGAAGCUUUAUACCAUACCAAGCUGCUCUUUAAGUUAUAGCUCAGGAAGAAAGACAUUUUGAAAGUGUUCAUUUUUUAAUAAGGUGUUUUUAUUUGAACUUAAAGGAAAAAUACACAUUGUGUACAUUUUACUAUGUGCUUUUAAGGUAACAGGGCCAGGGGUAAUAAUUUGACCCUGUUCACAUAUCCACACACUUUUUAAUAAUUUUAUACUAUGUAAAUUGUAUCUAUACUGAAAGUUUAAACUACAAAUGAUGCUUUGUAGUUGUCAAAGUUAUGUAAUUGUAUUGUGUAUGUAAGUAUGUAAAAAAAGACAAUAUAAUCGUCUUGUAAUGCACUUUGAACUGAAAACAAAUAGUUUUAAAUGUACUGUAAAUAUAAAUAUUAAUGGAUAAAACAUGUUAUACUGUUAAAA